UCUUGCCCACCUUCCACACUUGAUACCUUAAUAAUCUUCAUAUUCAGCUAUCCAUCCAUCUUAUACUCUCCACAUUGGUUACUUAAUUAUUCUAUAUAUAACUUAAUUUUCUAUCUUUGUGUGUGUAGCACAUAUAUAGGUAUAGUACGUAUUAUAUAUUCAUGGAAGAUAUCGAUGUUGAAGUUCCUGAGUUCUUCAUCUGUCCCAUAUCUCUUCAAAUCAUGAAAGAUCCGGUGAUUGCCAUUACGGGCAUCACGUAUGAUCGAGAAAGCAUCGAACAUUGGCUAUUUAAGGGCCAGAACACCACUUGUCCGGUCACCAAACAGCCCUUGCCAACCGAAUCGGACUUGAUCCCCAACCACACUCUCCGCCGCUUGAUCCAAGCAUGGUGCAUCCAGAACGGUACCGAUCCAAUCCCCAACCCGAAACCUCUUCUCAACAAGUGUUAUGUCCUCAACCUCAUCAGGGAUCUUUGGCUUCCAAAGCUGCAACUACAAGCCCUUAGAAAAUUGGAAGUUUUGGCGGUUGAUCAGAACGAAAGAAAUAGAAAGUGCAUGGUGGAAGCUGGUCUCACUAAGGCUGUGCUCUCACUCAUAGUAACAUGUUACAGAAAAGCCCAAAUCACUGGUCUCCAAGAAGCUCUAAGUAUUCUCUAUCAUGUUAGAAAUUCAACACCCCAAACAAAGCUACUUUUGAUCCAAAAUGACCAAAUUGUUGAUUCCUUAACAUGGGUUUUAGGGCUACCUGACAUCGAUAAUAUUAAUGAUGAUCAUGUCACGUCCAUAAAAAUCCAUGCAUUGUUGCUAUUGAAAACCAUAACGGAAAAGGCAAACACAAAAGUACUACAAAGAUUGAAACCUGAAUUCUUUGAUCGGAUUGUCCGUGUAAUAAAACAAGGCAUGGUCUCUCAACAAGGAAUUAAUGCAGCUUUGAAUGUCAUGUUAGAGGCUUGUCCGUGGGGAAGAAACCGAAUGAUGAUGGUUGAAGCCGGGGCCAUUUUUGAGCUUAUCGAGCUCGAAAUGGGAGCACCGGAGAAGAGAACCACUGAGCUCAUAUUCGGAAUACUGUUUCAUCUAUGUUCAUGUGCUGAUGGCAGAGCACAAUUCUUGAGUCACGCAGGUGGCAUUGCGCUGGUCACGAAGAGGAUUCUGAAGGUUUCUCCGGCAGCCGACGAUCGGGCCAUGUUGAUUAUUUCGCUGAUAUGUAGGUUUUCAGGAACAAAUAUGGUACUUCAGGAGAUGUUGAAGGUUGGGACAGUUGCAAAGCUAUUCAUGGUGUUCCAAGUAGACUGUGCCUCAUAUUUGAAAGAUAAAGCAAAAGAAAUCCUCAGAACACACUCUCAUGUGUGGAAAGACUCCCCUUGCAUUGAAAGAGCUCUCUUAACAAGGUACGCUACCUAGUUAGCAAGCUAAUUUCCUUACCCAAAUACACACACACACACACACACACACAUAUAUAUAUGUAUGUAUAGGGUAUGGUAGGUAGCUAAUUUUU